UUGGCGUCGUUGCUCCAUUCUGUAAAAACCCCUGCUUCGUGCCAUAGAAAUAAAGCGAAUAUUUCUCUUUCUCUCGCACUCUCUGUAUUCCAUCUUCGUCACCACUCGCACUAUGCAAUCCCAAAUUCCUCUUGAUUCUACCAUCCGUAAGUGAUUUGUGGUGGAGCCUAGGUUUCUGGGCUGGUUUUGUGGAAUUUGGUGAAGUUUUGUAUUUUGGGUGUGUUGGUUGAGUAGAGUGGGUGAAUUGGAUUGGACUAGUUGGUUGAAGUGUGGUGCAAGUGAGUUGAGAUGAGUGUGGUGGGGUUUGACAUUGGUAAUGAGAACUGUGUCAUUGCUGUAGUCAGGCAACGUGGGAUUGAUGUGUUGUUGAAUUAUGAAUCCAAACGCGAAACCCCAGCUGUGGUCUGCUUCAGCGAGAAGCAGCGGCUUUUGGGGUCUGCUGGUGCUGCUUCGGCUAUGAUGCACAUCAAGUCCACUGUAUCUCAAAUAAAGAGACUAAUAGGAAGGAAAUUUGCAGAUCCUGAUGUGGAUAAAGAGCUGAAAAUGCUCCCUCUUGAAACUUCUGAGGGUCCAGAUGGAGGCAUUUUGAUUCACUUGAAGUACUUGGGGGAGAUUCAUGUAUUUACACCUGUUCAAAUAAUGUCAAUGCUCUUUGCUCACUUGAAGGCUAUGACUGAAACAGAUUUGGAGAUGCCCAUUUCGGAUUGUGUUAUUGGGAUCCCAUCAUACUUUACAGACUUGCAGAGGCGGGCAUAUCUUGAUGCUGCAAAAAUUGCAGGGUUGAAGCCUCUGAGGUUGAUCCACGAUUGUACUGCAACUGCCCUUAGUUAUGGAAUGUAUAAAACAGAUUUUAGUGGUACAGGUCCGGUUUAUGUUGCAUUUAUUGACGUUGGUCAUUGUGACACUCAGGUCUCCAUUGCAUCAUUUGAGUUUGGGAAAAUGAAGAUACUUUCACAGGCAUUUGACAGGAGCUUAGGAGGCAGGGACUUUGAUGAGGUUCUUUUUAGUCAUUUUGCAGCAAAAUUCAAAGAAGAGUACCAUAUUGAUGUGUAUUCUAAUACCAAGGCGUGCUUUAGGCUACGUGCAGCAUGUGAGAAAUUGAAGAAAGUUUUGAGUGCAAAUCUAGAGGCACCUCUAAAUAUCGAGUGCUUGAUGGAUGAGAAGGAUGUGAAGGGCUUUAUCUCAAGGGAAGAAUUUGAGAAGCUCGCGUCAGGAUUAUUAGAGAGAGUUUCUAUUCCUUGCCUCAGAGCAUUAACUGAUGCAAACUUGACAGUGGAGAAGAUUUCUUCUGUAGAGCUAGUUGGUUCGGGAUCUAGGAUUCCAGCUAUAAGUACAUUACUAAUUUCCUUAUUCAAGAGAGAACCCAGUCGACAGCUGAAUGCAAGUGAGUGUGUAGCUCGUGGUUGUGCUCUACAGUGUGCAAUGCUCAGUCCUGUUUACCGUGUGAGAGAAUACGAGGUUCAGGAUGUUAUUUCCUUUUCAAUUGGACUUUCAUCAGAUGAAGGUCCAGUUGCUGUGAGGUCAAAUGGUGUACUUUUCCCAAGAGGCCAACAAUUUCCAAGUGUUAAAGUCAUAGCCUUUCAGCGAAGUAAUUUGUUUCAUCUGGAAGCUUUCUAUGUUAAUCCAGAUGAACUACCACCUGGGACAUCUCCUAAAAUUAGUUGUGUCACGAUUGGCCCUUUCCAUGGAUCCCAUGGUAGUAAGAGCAGAGUUAAAGUUAGAGUUUCACUUGAUCUGCAUGGAAUUCUCAAUAUUGAAUCAGCUACAUUGAUUAAGGAUGGCACGGAUGAUUUGGUUAUGGAGGGUAAUCAUAAUUCAAAUUCUGAUGCAAUGGAUAUUGAUCCCAUUCCUUACACAGUUGCCAAUGGGUUUGAAGAUAUCACCAAUAAGAAGUUGGAAUCUCCAUGUAGUUCUGAUGGUGGUAUAAGAAAAGAUAAGGGUAACAGAAGGGUUGAUGUGCCAGUGAAUGAGAAUAUCUAUGGUGGAAUGACAAAGGCAGAAAUCACAGAAGCUCGUGAAAAAGAACUCCAGUUGGCCCAACAGGACAGAAUUAUAGAGCAAACCAAAGAAAAGAAGAAUAGCUUGGAGUCCUAUGUCUAUGAUAUGAGGAGUAAGCUCUUCCACAAAUAUAGAAGCUUUGCAAGUGAACAAGAGAGGGAUGACAUAUCUAGGAGUCUUCAAGAGACCGAGGAAUGGCUUUAUGAGGAUGGUGUUGAUGAAACUGAGCAUGCUUAUUCUUCAAAACUAGAAGAUCUGAAAAAGCUGGUAGAUCCAAUUGAGAAUCGGUUCAAAGAUGAAAAAGAAAGAGUGCAAGCUAAAGGGGAUUUAUUGAAGUGCAUUUCAAAGCAUCUCACAUCUGCAGAUUCCCUUCCACCCCAGGAUAAAGAACUGAUCAUCAACGAGUGCAAUAAAGCAGAGCAGUGGUUGAAAGAGAAGAUCCAGCAACAAGAAUCAUCUUCUAAGAAUACUGACCCAAUAGUAUGGUCAAGUGAGAUUAAGAGCAAGACAGAAGAAUUUAACUUAACAUGCCAACACAUAUUGGGAUCCAAGGCUUCUCCACCUCCAGAAGACAAAGACAUGCCAGAUUCUUCCAAUGAUCCAUGAAUACAUUGAUGUUAUUAUACCACAAGAGCUGAAGAUACCAAGUUUUCAUUACUGAUACCAUCUGACAAAUAUAGCAAAAAAGUUCCUUGCAUUUUUGUUUUGCAGCGUUUUUUAUUUUUAUAAUUUUUCUAAUCUAUUAUGAUAUGAUAUAGUUCUUCAAAUGAAUCAAAUAGAUUCCACUUUAGGGGAGAAAAAACUGUGUGGAGUGUUAGUGGCCCUUGUGUUCAUCCAUUGUGCUCAAAGAAAUUUUUAUAGAAUUGAUUGGCCAGCCUCUAUUGAUGUUGAAGUCUAUCGUGAAACUUUUAGCAUAUAAUAAGUUGUUAUGUGGCUUUAUGAUAUUGGAUGAAAUUAAAUGAUUGUGAUUAA